CAAAUCCCGUUCGACCUGGCGGCCCGAAAAAACACAAGUUCAAACACGUUCUUCACAAACCCUAAUCCUAACCGUUUUCGCAUUUCAAUCGGCCUUUAAAUACCUACUCGACGCAUUCUCAAUUUCACAUAUUCACCGUUUCUCUCAUCUUCUGGGUUUGUCUGGGAAAUCAAGCUCUCUCUCCUAGAUCCCUAAUUCACAAUUGGGUGUUUGAAAUCACGCAAAAGCUGAGUGAUAUUAGGCUUUUUUAUCGAUUCAUCAAAUUAAGCCCUGAAGUCGUUGUGAAUGGUGGAAAUCUUGAGUAGUAGUGUUAAUUACAUGCUCUCCCUUUGCAAAUCAAGGGCGAGCGUCGUUCUUCUUCCGCUCUCCGCCGCUUCCGCUUUCGCUUUUGGCUCUUGCAAGGAAGGCUGGUACCACCGCUGCCUCGGCGUUGACCCUAAAUUCCUUCUUCAAUAUCCUCGAUUUCUCUCUCUUCCCUUCUUUUCUUUCUGAAUCGAAUCUCUGUUAACUUAAAGAAUUCCCAAAAUAGAGAUACCCAAAUUUCUUUCAUUGUUUCAUUGCUGUUGUUAUCGAUUCGAUUUUUCUGGGAUUCGUCUUUGUUUUUCUCGAUUCGAAGAUGUUGCUCUACAAGCAAAAGAAGAAUCAGAACGCUAAGGGCAAUCGGUUCUUGAUUAGCGUUACUGUGCUGGGGAGUGCGGGGCCGAUCCGCUUUGUGGUCUGUGAAGAGGAGCUUGUUGCAGGGGUGAUUGAUAUGGCAUUGAAGUCCUACGCUCGCGAGGGACGCCUGCCGGUUCUUGGAUCUAAUCUCAAUGAUUUCUUCCUGUACUGCCCUAGUACUGGAUCAGAUGCUCUGAGUCCAUGGGAGACAAUUGGAUCGAAAGGAUUUCGUAACUUCAUGCUGUGUAAGAAGCCACCUACGGAGAAAGUGGCAGAUGCUGGAGGAUCACCUGCAGGGGUUGCUCAUAAGGGAGGUGGAAGUUGGAAGGCUUGGCUCAAUAAGUCCCUCAAUCUUAAGAUCCCAUCUGUUUAGUUAAUUUGCCAUUACUGGAAACAUUAGCUCUCAUUUGUUUUUUACUCCUAAGAUUAUGUCAAACCAAAUUUGGUCAUCUCCGAUGAUUGUACUAUUUUGUUUCCUCAAGUUCCCUGUCCUGUUUGAGUAGGAGAAGUCUGAACUCGUUAUAGUCUCAACGUUUUCUUUUUGCAAUAAUUGAGAUGCCUUUUGGUGAUUGAAUAAAAAUAUUUAGUGGUUGCAACUUC